UGUUCUGAAAAACUAAGGUCACCUUAAGAUUAUAGUUUUAAAAUCAUGAAAGUAAAAAAUUAUGAAAUAAAAAGUAUAAAAAAAUCAGAAAUUUAUGAAAAUGUGAAGAUUAAUGAUGGAAAGUAGUGAUAUGUCUCCAUUAAUGGAACAGUAUUGAGGCAAUUUUUAUGUAGUUCCCUAAGCAUCCUUUGGAUUCUCCUCUGACAAAUUUAUUGGAGGUUUGCAGGUUGGUUCCAUUUCAAACAGUUGAUUUCAUUCCAUCUGUUAAGCUAAUUGAAUUUGACUAUUCAUAUCAAUUUGGAAAAAAAAGUUGUUUGACUUUCCUAUUCAGUUUGAUUCAGUUCAAAGAUUUGAUCAAAGUGACUUUGAAUUAAACCUCUGAAUAAAAAUGUGCUGAGCCUAUUAAUGUAUUCCAUAAAAUUUUGUAACCUGAGAAGCUCUGUUAUUCUGAUUUGACAUUUAACACUUAUGCAGUUGUAUAUACAGAAAGAGGGAAGUUUUAAAGAUAAUUCUAGCAUUGCUUGUGAUAUUUGAUUCUAGUCAAGUUAAAAGCAUACGCCCAUGCACACACAGAGUACAUGGAGAGAACAGGGUGAAUUAAAUCUUAUCAAAGAGCAAUUUUCCACAAUGUGUUCAAAAUUGAAUAAUAAAGUCUCAUUUAAAGACACUAUACAACCAUUUGCAGUAUUUGAUAACCAGUAACGCACAAUAUUUCUGAUACUCUUGUUUGUGUUAAUAUUUUUAUAAUCAGAUUGCACUCUUUUUUCCAGGGACCCUGAAAUCUGGCGUCAGGCUUGUUUGAAGGUUUGGGGCAGGACAUGUAAUAAAAUGGUUCCUUACACCUCGUGGAGGGAAAUGUUUGUGAAAAGACCUAGAGUUCGAUUUGAUGGGGUAUAUAUCAGCAAGACAACAUACAUUCGUCAAGGAGAACAAUCUCUUGAUGGAUUCUAUCGGGCAUGGCACCAAGUGGACUAUUACAGGUACUUGAGAUUUUUCCCAGAUGGCCAAGUAAUGAUGCUAACAACUCCAGAAGAACCUCAGUCUAUUGUUCCUCGAUUACGGACUAAAAACACAAGAACUGAUGCAAUCCUGCUUGGACAUUAUCGCCUUUCCCAGGAUACAGACAAUCAAACCAAAGUAUUUGCUUUAAUGACAAAGAAGAAAGAAGAGAAACCAAUUGACUAUCACAAGUUCAGAUAUUUCUGUCGUGUCCCUGUGCAAGAAACUGAUCACAGUUUUCAUCUAGGGUUACAGCUGAAUUCCAGUGGCCGUCAGAAAUUUAAUAAACUCAUUUGGAUUCAUCAUUCUUGCCACAUAACGUACAAGUCUACUGGUGAGACAGCAGUCUCUUCUUUUGACAUUGACAAGAUGUACACCCCUUUGUUCUUUGCACGAGUGAAGAGCUUUACUGCAGUUUCAGAACGGCCUCUCUGAGAAGCUCAUGUUUCUUGCAUGAAAGAAAUUACAGCAAACAACACUUAAGUUAUAAAUGUGAGUGUGUCUGUGUGUGUGCGUGUGUGUAUGGAUGGAUGUGUGUUUGUGUGUGUGUGUGUGUAUACAGACGUGAACACAGACAUUAUAUAUAUAUAUAUAUAUGAAUUUUAUUUUAAAAUUGGGAGAUCUUUUUGGAAGAAUAUAUACUGGAAAUACAUUUGAUUUAGGGUGGCAGGGUUAUCUUUCUGGUUUUGAUGUCAAAUUUACAUUUUAUUUUAAAAUUGUUUAUGUUGUGAAAAGACUUUGUAAGAUACAAGGCAUUUUUUGCCAUCUCAUUUUAUGAGCAAAAUUUAUAAGCUGUUCUCUUUACAAAGUAAGGCUUCAUCUGCCUAUGCACCUUAAGUUCAGGAAUUGUUAUAAACAUACUGCUGUACAUAAAACAUUGUGUGUGUGCUUGGGGAAGGCUCAAAAUGUGAAGAAUUUGUCCUGCAUCUGUGCGUGGCCUAUAAAUGUAUAAUAGAAAUUCAUGUAUUGGGAUUACCUUUCAGGAAGAGAUGCUGAUUUCAGUAUAAAUUACAGCUUUAUGAGAAAAAAAAAGGGGGAAAGGAGAAGGUGAAAGUUCAGCUUCAGAUAUCAACAUCUUUUUUUUUUAAAGAAUUACUUGGUUUUAAAUAAUCAUAAUAGUCACUUCAGAAGUUACUAGGUUUUGAGUUGAUGAUCACAGGACAGCCACAUUGCUGCAUUGAUUGCGUUUGUCUUCUAGAUCCAGGAAGUGAACACUAAAGUGUAUCAUCUGAAUUCUCUUAUGCAAACAAACAGGGCUGCAUUUUGUAUUGUUUUGUUUUUAGCUCAUCUGCUAACUGCUAAAAAUGCUGUACACCUCUUGGGUGUUUUGUAACAUUUAACCUUUUCUUUUGGGAUGCCUACAGAUGUUCAGGUACUGUGUGCUGCUUCUCCUGUGUAUGUAAUUUGGGAAUUGGAUGCGACUGCUGUAUUUCACCUAUCAUAAAUAUGUAUUUACUCAUACAACUCACUGUUCUAAAUGUUUUCCUUUUACCAAGUUGUGUUUUUUUAUUUUAUUGGGAGGGGGGCAUAUGGAUGAAAUAAAGGUUACUUUGUUUGAAGUA